CCACUCCAAAGAAAUCUCCAGAAGAAGAAGCCUCUCUUCAUCUUCUCCAAAUUUCUCAAAUCCUUCUCCGUAGCGAUGACGUCUCUGCAAUUACACUGCUCCCUUCACUUCCUCCGUCCUAAACACCGUCUUCGCUACUCUCCUCCUAUCUUCUGCACUUCCCGUUCCCGCACCUGCCACUUUCCCGGAAAAAUCAGUUUCCGAGAAAGUUUCAGAGUCAGGGAAAAAUCCAAAUCGUUCCGUUGCUUCGCUCAAUCGGAGACGAAGGAAGUGAGAUUAUCUGAGAAAGAUGAACGUCCUACGUUCGAUAUCAAUCUCGCUGUUAUCCUCGCUGGUUUUGCUUUCGAAGCUUACGCUUCACCUCCGGAAAAUGUUGGGAAACGUGAGGUUAAUGCAGCUGGGUGUAAUACUCUUUACCUUUCUGAGUCAUUUGUAAGGGAGGUAUAUGAUGGGCAACUGUUUAUCAAACUCAAAAGGGGAUUUGAGUUUCCUGCUUUGGAUCCAUGGGGAACGAGUGAUCCUUAUGUGGUUAUGGAUUUGGAUGGUCAGGUUGCUAAAAGCAAAACCAAAUGGGGGACAAAAGAGCCAAAAUGGAACGAAGACUUUGUUUUUAAUAUCAAGUUGCCUCCUGCAAAAAAGAUACAGAUUGCAGCUUGGGAUGCAAACCUUGUCACACCACAUAAACGAAUGGGGAAUUCUGAAAUCAACCUGGAAGAUAUUUGUGAUGGGAAGUUGCACGAGGUCCUAGUAGAACUAGAUGGAAUUGGAGGUGGUGGGAAAUUUCAACUGGAGAUUAAGUACAAGGGAUUUGAGGAAGUUGAAGAAGAAAAGAAGUGGUGGAGGUUCCCGUUUGUUUCAGAAAUCCUUCAAAGAAAUGAAAUUAAGUCAGUUCUGAAAAAUUUCGUUGACUCUGAAGCAGUUGAAUCAGUUUUGAAAAAUCUUGUUGACUCUGAAGCUGUGCCAGCACGUCAAUUUGUAGAGUAUGCCUUUGGACAGUUAAAGUCACUCAACGAUGCCCCCCUUAAGAAUAAUAAUCUUCUAGACGAUACUAAGGAGGACUCUAAAGGUGAAGAAAACUCUAAUGAUCAUUCUCCAGCUGUAGAUAUACUUUCUGACGGGGCUAGUUCAGAGGAUUCCUCUGAUCAACAUCUCAGCACUGAUCUGAGUAGUUCAGGAAAGCAUAGCAAAGGGAAAGAUGGUAAUGGUGAUGUCCAAAGCAAUGAACUGGAGGGUGACAAUGAGAGUGGCAGCUUUCAGUCAGAAGGUAAUUUCUGGGAUAACAUCCCUGAAAUAGUCGGUCAAAAUAUCGUCCAGAACCUUGGCCUUCCUUCACCUAAGAAGUUGAAGUUGAACGGAAUGGACAUACUGGAAAAAUUUGGUCUACAAUCAAGGAAAACUGCAGAAGCAGGUUACAUUGAAUCAGGGCUUGCCACUGCUAAUACUCGAGAUGGCGGUGAUGAAAAGGAAGAUGGUCAGCUUGCUAUUAACACGCCGAAGUCUUCCCUUGCAGACAUGAAGAAUGCAACACAAGAAUUGCUCAAGCAGGCUGAUAAUGUCUUUGGUGCAUUAAUGGUUUUAAAAGCAGUAGUGCCUCAAUUAAGCAAGGACAAUCCUGGUACAGAGAAGGUCUUAGAAAAAGAUGGUGCUUCUAGUGUAACAGAGGAUGUCUCUAGUUCGUCUAAGACUGAUAAACUCUCUGGUCUAGUGAAUGUUGAUGGAGCAGAUGAAAAGAACGCUGAGGAAAUGAAAACACUUUUUUCUAGCGCAGAAAGUGCUAUGGAAGCAUGGGCAAUGCUUGCAACUGCCCUGGGGCAUCCAAGCUUUAUCAAAUCUGAGUUUGAAAAGUUAUGUUUUCUAGAAAAUGACAUCACUGACACGCAGGUGGCAAUUUGGCGUGAUGCAAGGAGGAAAAGAGUCGUUAUCGCUUUUAGAGGAACUGAACAGACAAAGUGGAAAGAUUUGCAGACUGAUCUAAUGCUAGUUCCUGCUGGUCUGAAUCCUGAAAGAAUUGGUGGGGACUUCAAGCAAGAAGUACAAGUCCAUAGUGGAUUUUUGAGUGCAUACGAUUCAGUACAGAUAAGGAUAAUAUCACUUCUCAAAAUGGCAAUUGGCUACAUAGAGGAUGUUCCUGAGCAUGAAGAUAAAUGGCAUGUUUAUGUGACUGGACAUAGCUUGGGUGGUGCAUUAGCUACACUCUUGGCUCUUGAACUUGCGUCAAGCCAAUUAGUUAAACGUGGAGCAAUCAGUGUUACCAUGUACAAUUUUGGAUCUCCAAGAGUAGGCAACAAAAAGUUUGCUGAAAUUUAUAACCAGAAAGUAAAAGACAGCUGGAGAGUUGUAAACCAUAGAGACAUAAUUCCCACAGUACCUCGUUUAAUGGGAUAUUGUCAUGUAGCUCAUCCUAUUUAUCUCACUGCUGGAGAAGUGGAAGAUACUGAGUUCCAGAAAGAUGGUUAUCAUGCUGAGGUUAUUGGGGAAGCGACACCUGAUAUUCUUGUUAGUAGAUUUAUGAAAGGUGAGAAGGAACUUGUUGAGAAGAUACUUCAAACUGAAAUCAAAAUAUUCAACGCACUUCGUGAUGGGAGUGCCCUCAUGCAGCACAUGGAAGAUUUCUAUUACAUCACACUGUUAGAGAGUGUGAAAUUAUAUUACAAGAAUGUUGAAGAUCCAGAAGCUCUUGAAAAUGCUACUAUUCAAUCAGUGAGAGAUGGCUAAGACCACGAGAGCAUGUAAUGACUCGCUCCAACUAUAUAGGAUUUCAUACUAUAUAUCAUUUACACAAGACAAGAAUCAACUGGGUCGCAUUAUUUUCUCAAAAGAAUAUUGUGUAACCAUAAUGUAAUUAUAUUUUAGUGACCUGUGGUUCAGUCCUGUAAAGGUAAACAUAGACACGAAAGGGGACAAGAAAGCUUGGAAGUUGUCAAAAUAUUUGAAGUGUAUAGAUGUCAAUGAUCUUUUUUGUUAUUUACU